AUGAGCAAUUCUUACUACGGUCAGGGAGAGCAGGACCAAUGGAGUCACUACCAGAGCAACUCAAAGUACCGCACUGACACUCAGCAGAGACAACAACAGGAACGUGCUCGCCAACGUGCGGCCUACGAAGCCAGAGCUGCUCCACAGUCGCAGGCGACUGAUGCCAACAUCGAUAUGGCCAGCCGCAACUUCAACUACAUGAACCUCGACGGCUACGGUCGUCCAGGACCAAGCAACACCAUCAACCGCACAGAGGAUGGCCGCUUCGUAAAAGAGAAUGUCAGCUCUCGCGAUCAACACCGUCGUGGCGCCAGCGACAACACAACCGACACUCGCGAAGACACGCGUCCCACCUCCUCCGCAUCCACCAAGAGCUCGAUCUUCGGUGGUUUCUCCUUCAGCCGCAAUGGUACCGGUGCCUCCAGCAGCAGCCACAAGCACAGCUCCAGCGCAGGUGACGAGCGCCAGCGAAGACCAAGCAUCAAGGAGAAAGUUCAAGACGUCUACCGCCGAAUGUCAAACUCUUACAACAAGGCUACUGACAACUUCAGCAAAGCCGUCGAUCCCUACGUUAAUAUCACCAAGCUUAACGCUCACGAGCGUCAGCGAUGGGAGGCAGAGCUUAGGCAGGGCGCUGAGGAUAAAGAGGAAGAGAAACGCCGUUCUCAGUCCUCCUACCAUCAGUCCUACCAGCAAGCUUAUCCAUCCUCGCCAACCACAUCACACGUCCCAUCGCGAUACUCAGGCGAGUCCCGAACCGAAACAUUCGACUUCAUCGAGCGGAGUGAGACGAACCAGUCCACUGCUCCCAAGCCAAAGAAGUCCAAGGACCUCCUUACGACAGGUGAGCGCGCCGCCGUUUUCGUCUCCAAGAUUGUCGAUCCUGUCAAGAAGAGGCGAGACUCUGAUGAUAGUGAUAUGAGCUUUGCUGACAUUGCGCCGCCUGCAGAACUCGAUACGUGUUCGAGAUGUGGUGAGGCGGUGACGGGGUUCCUCACCAAGGGGAGGUGUGCGGAGUGUCAUAAGAAUUGGUUGCAGGAGUUCUGGGACGCAUCCGACUCCCCAGCCAUCUCUGCCCAAGCGCUCGACCCCGAAGGUACCAACUCCGACUACAGCAACCGCUCCUCCUCCUCCUCCUCUCCCGGCAUCCCUCGCGACGUCAACGAAGAAGAGUACAUGAAACUCACCGCUUCCCAUCGCAUCCGUCGAGUUCGCCAAACGAUGUACAGUGACCCUGGCAAUCCCUUCUCGCUCGACGACUACUCUCCUACAGACGCUGUGGCCAAAGAGCUUGGGAAUGCCGUCUACGAUCCGGAUGCUAUUCCUACGAUCCUCAAGCGUCUGAGCGAUGCCGUAGCAGAACCCGAGGCGGAGUCGCCUAUAUCGCUUGGUCCUAAUCCGUUCGAAGAACAGGCGGCGAAUCACAAGACUAUCCUCGAACCAGAGUUUAUCAUGCUUACCCCUUCCUCGGCCGAUAUCACCACAAUCAAGCUGGAAAGCACAGUCUACAACCCAGCCUCCCCUACCACAGCCCUCGCAGCACCUGAACAAGAACCAGAUUCUCCCAUUUCUCUUGGCCCCAAUCCCUUCGAAGAGCGCCCAAGCCUCAAUGCAUCUCCAGUCCUCACACGAGACUCGGCACAGCUACUCGCCCCAACGCCCAAAAGAUCCGGCACGCCAACUCUUAUCAGAGAUCACUCAAUCCCGAGUCCUACACCUCCGCCGAAGGAUGAGAAUUCUCGGAUGAUUUUGAGUGGGAGUGUCCGACGUACUGUGCAUCCUUUGCGGCACAGGAGGAGUGAGACUGUGCCGAGCGGGAGCGAGAGGAAGAUAGGAGCUGGUAUUGGGGCUGGUGCUGGGAUCAGGGACACAAAGUUCUAUGGAUUCUACGAUGAUGUGUUGGAUGGGUUGCAGCCCAAUGGCAGUUUGGGACCAAGACCUUCCACCGCACUAGCACGACACAGAAGCUCAUCUCUGCGGUAUCUCAUGGCCACAGAUCUCUUCAUUGAUGGAGAUCUCAUCAUGCUGUACCAGCGACGUCGAAGCCUCUAA